UGACCCGGGGUCCUGUUCGCUCCUCCUCCACAGUGACCCCCUCCAACCUCGUCCAGUCGCCCCUGCCAUGUCCGAGGAGCUGGCCCAGGGACCCAAGGAGAGCCCGCUGGCGCCGAGGGCAGGCUCCCGCGAGGUGUGGAAGAAGGGCGGCCGCCUGCUGUCGGUGCUGCUGGCCGUGAACGUGCUGCUCCUUGCCUGCACGCUCAUCAGCGGCGGCGCCUUCAACAAGGUAGCGGUGUACGACACGGACGUGUUCGCGCUGCUCACCACCAUGAUGCUGCUCGCCUCCCUCUGGACCCUCUUCUACCUCCUCCGGACCGUGCGCUGUCCCAACGCCGUCCCCUACCGGGACGCGCACGCCGGCCCCAUCUGGCUUCGAGGCGGGCUGGUGCUGUUUGGGAUCUGCACUCUCGUCAUGGAUGUCUUCAAGACUGGCUACUACUCCAGUUUCUUUGAGUGCCAGUCAGCCAUCAAGAUCCUGCACCCUCUCACCCAGGCCGUGUUUGUCAUCGUCCAGACUUACUUUCUCUGGGUCUCCGCUAAGGACUGUAUUCACGUCCACCUGGAUCUGACCCGGUGUGGUCUCAUGUUCACCCUCACCACCAACCUGGCCAUCUGGAUGGCGGCCGUGGUGGACGAGUCCGUGCACCAGACUCACUCCUAUGACAGUUCCCACAGCAACACCAGCCACCACCGCUUCGUUCCUGACCCGGAGCGUGCAGGCAGCUCGGUGGGAGGAGACUGUCCGUGCAACACAGCCAUCUGCCAGAUCUUCCAGCAGGGUUAUUUCUACCUGUAUCCCUUUAACAUUGAGUACAGCCUCUUUGCUUCCACCAUGCUGUAUGUCAUGUGGAAGAAUGUGGGCAGGCUGCUGGCCUCCUCCACCCAUGGCCACGGCCACACCCCGUCCCGGGUCAGCCUCUUCCGGGAGACCUUUUUCGCUGGCCCAAUCCUGGGCCUGAUGCUCUUUGUGGUGGGGCUGGCCGUCUUCAUCAUCUACGAGGUCCAAGUGAGUGGGGAGGGGGGCCGCACCCAGCAGGCCCUGGUCAUCUAUUACAGCUUCAACAUCAUCUGUCUGGGCCUCAUGACCUUGGUCAGCCUGAGUGGCUCAGUCAUCUACCGUUUUGAUCGCCGGGCCAUGGAUCACCAUAAGAACCCCACUCGAACCCUGGACGUGGCGCUGUUGAUGGGUGCCGCCCUGGGUCAAUACGCUAUUUCCUACUACUCUAUUGUAGCUGUGGUGGUGGGCGCACCCAGGGACCUACUCGGGGGGCUCAACCUAGCCCAUGCUCUGCUCAUGAUUGCCCAGCACACCUUCCAGAAUGUGUUCAUCAUCGAGAGCCUCCACCGGGGACCACCCGGGGUUGAGCCUCGUGAUACCACCCCCAAGGAGCCCUGCCAUGGCCUGACCUUUGCCAACCUGGAUGCCCUCCACACCUUGCCUGCCUGCCCAUCCACCCCCAGGCUGGUUGGUCCCAGCCCAGAGGGCGCUCAGGAAGCAGUGGCCGUCAUCUUGGCCCCCAGGGGACACUGGAGACGCCGGUGCCUGAAAGACAUUUCUCUGUUUCUCCUGCUUUGCAAUGUCAUCCUGUGGAUCAUGCCUGCUUUCGGAGCCCGUCCUCACUUCAGCAACACUGUGGAAGUGGACUUCUAUGGCUACUCGCUCUGGGCAGCCAUCGUCAACAUCUGCCUGCCUUUCGGCAUCUUCUACCGUAUGCACGCUGUCUCCAGCCUGCUGGAGGUCUACGUGUUGUCUUGAAGCCCCCAAGAGAGACACGCACAGGGGUGGGGCUUGGCUUGUGUGUCUAUUCAGAGACCCCCACCCCCCCAGGAGAGAACCCCAGGCUGGCAGUCACUGUGCCA